AGCCUCCUGCCAGCGGCGGGGCUGCGGCAGCGCCGCUGAACCCGCACUGGCAGCCCGCCCGCUCGCCGGGACCCUCUUCCUCCGGGGACUGAAGGGACCGAGCCGGCCGCUCCGCGCCCCUGCGUGGCUCGCUUAUUCCCGGGCUCCGGAUCCGGCUCCUCAGAGAUUCUGCCCUUUGCUGCCACCGGGGCUGCGGCGUACAGUCCCGCCUCGCUCCCAGCUCCGCCGUUGCCGUCCGGCCCCCGCGCCAGCCGGGCGGGUCGGUGCCCGCUGCCCCCGCAGCCCCCACGGCUGCAUGACCGCCGCGGUCUCCGCACGUCUGGAUUCGGUGGAGUCCUGGGCCUUCCAUGCGUUGCUGGUGCUGCCCUAUAUGUUUUACGUGGGCUUGUUCUUUGUCAAUGUGCUGAUCUUGUACUAUGCCUUCCUAAUGGAGUACAUCGUCCUCAAUGUGGGCAUCGUUUUCCUGCCCGAGGAUAUGGACCAGGCUCUGGUGGAUCUGGGGAUGCUCUCCGACCCUGGCUCCGUGCUCUAUGAGACGGACAGCGAGCUGGAUGUCUUUGACGGGUACUUGGAGUGACGCCCCAGGGCGCUCCAAAGCGACUGCGCUCCGCCGCCGCCUGGCCCGGGGCAGGGGCCCGGCGUGCCCUCAUGGCCGCAGCUCGGGGACCGCCGCGGGCCCGGGGUACCCUCGCUGCGUCGCGGCUCCUUCUGCGCAACAUCUUCCCUUCCAAAUGACACCCGCCCCGCCGGUGCAGGGGCCAGAGGGGCAGCCGGGAGCCGCUGCCGCCGGGCAGGCCCGCGGAGACGCAGCGGAGGGCUCGCUAGGGAAAUUCAUUAAACACCUGAAAUGGAUUAUGACCAGGCUAAUGGAUCAAGUCCUGGAAAGAAACUGUACGCUGAAAUGUAGAGAUGAAAAUAAGGACAAGAGAACAAGAAGAAGAGUUGUCAUCAGACCUUAUCAGUUGUGACUUCUCUUCAUGGUCUUUGCCUCUUGUGCGUGCACUUACUGCAGUGAUUCAUGCACCAUACUGGGCUUCCAUAGGUAAUUCUGGGAUGGACUGUAUGAAAAAAUAAGAUAAACUAUGUUCCAUUGUAACAGAAAAUCAAGAUGUUACCCAGAUUUGAUAAACUUUUGAAUGAAUACCAUGUCACCCAAAUGGACACACUCUACAUAUAGCUUAAGCCAGUUUUACAAUCACAUGUUGAAAAUUCUACCAGCCAGUAGUUCAAAAGCAGUGCUUUCUCAGGGGAAAAUAUGCAGGAGUGACUGAAGGAGGUUCUGUUCAGGGAGCAUAAUGGUAAGAACUGUGCUAGUAAGAUAUUUUAUUUAAAAUGAGAGUUUUAAAAUAGAUCAGAGAGUGAAUUUUAUAUAAGUCAGGUGGAUUCAUUAUUUAACACAGGAUACUUUGCAGAUUGCUUAAGCUCACGUUCCUAUGUACAGAUGUGAAAGCAAUACAAUAAAGACUGACCUUUUCCAUGAAAAAUUAA